AUGGCGGCACCACAGAGUCCGAGUACAACGACUACAAGGUCGGCGUGCAUCCCGAAUACGGCGCGCAGCACGCACGUGUUCACGGUCGCCGGCUACAGGCUGCACAAGGGCAUCGGCGUCGGCAACUUCAUCCGGCCGAUCUGCCACAUUGGACGUCCGCGGCUACGACUGGACUACGUUUCAGUCUUCGUCGAGCUCCAGACAAAGAAAUCCAUGGUGAGGGCGCUCUACGACCUUAGGCUGACCAACUGGGCCACCGGUCUGUCGUCACUCAUCUUCUCCCGGCAAUCGUCCUUUCCGGCGUUCGACUCCCGCCGCUCAUUCAGGAAGAACAACCACCAUGUCAAGGGGCAAUCCCUGUUCAUGAAGAGGGACCUCCUGGAGGCAUCCCCGUACCUGAAAGAUGACUGCAUCGUCAUCGAGUGCGAUGUGACUGUUCUCCUCAAGGAAAUACCGACCGUGGCGACCGCCACCACCAAGACGCCUGAGAUCCAGAUCGUGCUCGCGAUGCGGUCUCCGGUGAUCGACGCGGAGCUCUACGGGCCAAUGGCAGUGUGGGACAAGGAGAAGCAGUGCAUACAGAUUGUGGACAUGCAGCCCGCCGUCUUCGGAGCAUUUCUUCACUUCAUAUACACAGAUUCAUUGCCUGCCAUGGAUGACCUCCUUGACAGCCAUGACAAGAGGGAGGUGAUCAGGCAUCUGCUUGUGGCUGCAGACAGGUAUGCCAUGGACAGGCUCAAGCUGAUGUGUGAGGCCAUCCUCUGCAAGGGUCUAGACGCCGAGAGUGUGGCGGCCACGUUAGCUCUAGCUGAUCAGCAUGGUUCCAGCAAGCUGAGAGACGCUUGCAUGGAGUAUAUCAAGCUCUUCACCUAG